GAGACGUACCACACGCCGUUCGGCUGGGAGGCAAGCCCUUAUGGCAUCUCCCAGCUGGGUGGUUUCGCCUACUCAGUCUACUGUGGAUGCAUUGCCGGGGCCUAGUCAUUCACGUAGGGUCUCUUCUCAGUCUGUUCCAGGUACUUCACAGCAGACAGUAGACUUGGAGUCCUCGGAUGAGGAUAGUCUUCCUACUCCUGUGAGAACAUCAUCUGGGGGGCAUCGUCGCCGCAGGAAGAGGACCAAGAAGCGUGCCAAAAGGAGGAGGGCUGACACUUCAUCUUCUUCUUCUUCUGGUCUCGCUCCAGUCAGUAUUUGGAUUGUGGGGCACAGCAUCGUGUACUGGGCUGGCAUCAGAGCGAGGCAGUCUGGAAGGGGACCGGAUCUUGGCUUCCCACAGCACGUACAGGUGUCGUGGAUAUCCAGACGGGGAAUGCGGUGGAGUGAAUUCAUCCCACUAAUUAAGCAGAGGGUGUUUUCACAUGGCCCCCCUUUGGCAAUUGUGGUGCAGUUGGGGGAGAAUGAUAUGGCAAAGAUUGAUUGCUUUACUUUGCGAUCCAUGAUUCUAAAAGACUUGGAGGAAUUGGUGACCUUGAUACCCACCGUUAAAAUAUUUUGGUCACAAUUGCUGCAAAGGAUCAAUUGGCAGGGCAUUUCUCAACCCAAGGCUGCUGAAAGGGCCAGGAAGCGCAUUAAUUCCGCAGUGAGCAAGAGGGUAACGGAAUUGGGUGGGUUGGUGAUUUCCCACCCGGAUAUUGCCUUCAAGGCUCUGGCCCUUUACCGCAAUGAUGGGGUACAUCUUUCCGAGCUGGGGAAUGAUGUCUGGUUGGAUGCGGUAAUUGGUGGGUUGAAAAAUGGGUUGGGGUUGUGAGUGGUUGGCGGCGAGCGUAAAGGGCUCGAUUGGCGGUUAGGCAUUGGUUAUAAAUCUGGUGGAGGAGGGGUUAGGAUAGGC